AUGCGACUGCCCGUCCUUUUCUUAAAGCACCCGCCUAAGCAAACCCCGCUCGUACAGCGUAGUCACCACCGCCAGACUACCCCACCAUCGAAGCUUCAAAAACCACCGCCGAACAACACCCCGUCGAAGAAUCCCUCCUCCCCCUCUCCGACGCGUGAAACUUCGGUUCGAUCCAUACUGCAUACCAUGUCUGGCUCUCCUAGUCUCUACAGCUUCCCGGAUACCGAUGAUCUGGCCAGGCAGCUGAGGACUUACCUCAUCCAGAAUCAGAACAGCUCCAUCGACCGCCACGAUGUCUUCCGAGUUGCUGUCUCUGGUGGCUCCCUUCCGAAGGUUCUGGCCGAGUCAUUGCUUCUUCCCGGGAACGGCUCGAAGGAAGACACCGUUCGGUUCUCGAAAUGGCACAUCUUCUUCGCCGAUGAGCGCUGUGUGCCUCACAACCACCCGGACAGCAACUACCGCCUGCUCAAAGAUGAACUGCUUAGCAAGAUCCCCCCCGAGAUGGGAGCCCCGACCGUGCAUCCCAUCGACGAGAAGAUCGUGGAACAGGACGACCCUCAGGAGCUCGCGGACGCCUACCAGGAAGAGCUGACGCGCGACUUUGCCGCCAAGGAAACCGUCAAGUUACCCAUCUUCGAUCUCAUCUUGUUGGGUUGCGGACCGGACGGCCACACUUGCAGUCUGUUCCCGGGACACGAACUCUUGCGUGAGAAGGAUGCCUGGGUUGCUGCCGAGACCAAUUCGCCCAAACCCCCGCCGAAGCGCAUUACUCUGACUCUGCCCGUUGUCACCCACGCCAUCAGCAUUGCUUUCGUUGUCGCCGGUGAAGGAAAGAAGGUGAUCCUGAAGAAAAUCUUUGAUACGGAAGAGGGCAAGUCGCUUCCGUCCGGCCUUGUCAACGCAGGCGCAGGGAGCAAGGUUAGUUGGUUCACCGAUGCUUCAGCCGUGGUGGGGAUACUGUUCCCCAAGCAAGGAAGCCUAUGA